GACCGACAAUUCCGAAGACGAAGAUUACCAGCUGCUUGGAAUCAUCGAAAACACUCGAUAUAUCUCUGCAUGCGAACGAUUGGCAAAGUCCCAACACUUCACUGAAGAGGUUCUCAAUGGUUAUGAUGACGAAAGGUUCAAGACCUACUACAGAAUGAAUCGAGAAGAUUUUCAUUUCGCCCUCGGUCUGAUCAAGACCAACCCGGUGUUCUACAACAACAGUGCUUGUGAACAAGCAUCAGUAAGGUAUCAGCUGGCUUGUAUCCUCUUUCGAUUCGGCGCCCAAGGUUCUACUAGUUCAUCAUUGUCGAAAAUAGCCGAAUUGUUUGGAAUCGGUCUGGACUACCUCUGCCAGCGCAAAAAGCAGUACGGCCUUCAGGCAACCAUUGUUUGUGAUGACCAGUGUCUUAUAAGACACUUUAAUUGCUCUCUACCUGGUUCCCAGCAUGAUUCAACUGCCUACAAGGAUUUACCGCUGCACCUAGACCCAGACGUAUACUUCGGUCCCACCCAAUACCUGCUUGCGGAUUCAGCAUACAGCAAUACCAUGUCAAUUGUCACUCCCUUCAAGCAGUAUCAAGGAUACACGGCCCGGAAAGCUGGAUUCAACUGUGAAGUUUCCCAUAUAAGGGUCACGGUCGAGCAUACCAUUGGAGUGCUGAAGGCUCGAUU